AGCCCAGAGAUAAUAACAGAGCCGCUUUCUCGAAUCGUGUAAUUAGUGUUUGUGUCAGCCACACGUUGUCUCUCUUUUUGUUUGUUUGCAGCAAUUUCGCCUUUCUCCUCCGCUUCCAAGUUUCAGGCUCUGCUCAACACAUCGAGGAAAUCCUUCAUCUGGUAGAUUGUUUUGGUUACUAGAAACAAUGGACUUCAGGUUGAAGGGAAUAAAUGAGGACAUGUCUGAGUGCUCAUUUAAUGAGUCGAACAUUCAGAGAUGUCCAUUCCUUAAUAACAUUAACAAACCCACCAACUUUUCAUUUUCCCCGCUGAAUUUCCCCGCGCCUGUACAGGGAGCAAAAGGUCCUAUAUUUGAAGAUGGUCCAAAUUUUGAUAUGGCAUUUAAGGUUUUUCAUGGGAAGGAUGGCGUUGUGCCUCUCUCAGGGAGGUCUGAUGUUCACUGUGAUAGAGUGAAACAGGAGCCUACCACCCAAUUUAACCCAUUAGCGGCCAGAACUGCAACAAUCAGUCUGUCAGCUUUUAGUUCAGGAGGGCCAUUCGGCUUUGGUCCCUUCUGGGAUAAAUGGAAGAACCAAAAAAAGAAACCUGACUCAUCUAACAAGCAAGAACCCUGUCAGUUUCAGAAAGGAAAUUCAUCAAACCAUGAAGCAUUUGGAAACGAGUGGUUACAAACUGGGAAUUGCCCAAUUUCAAAAUCUUACAGAGUAUUAAGUCAUGUCCUACCACUUGUGGCUACAUCUUUUCAGCCCCCACCUGGAAUUAAGCUUAGAUGUCCCCCUGCUGUAGUUGCUGCAAGGGCUGCCCUAGCGCGCACUGCCCUUGUUAAAAACUUACGCCCUCAGCCACUGCCUGCAAAGAUGUUUGUCAUUGCUCUCCUGGGCAUGGCGGCAAACGUGCCUUUGGGUGCUUGGAAGGAGCACACUAAGAAGUUCUCUUUAUCAUGGUUUGUAGCUGUGCACGCAGCUGUGCCCUUCAUAGCCAUGCUUCGGAAAUCUGUCUUAAUGCCUAAAACAGCUAUGGCCUUGACCAUCGGAGCUUCUAUCCUGGGGCAGGUUAUUGGCUCAAGAGCUGAAAGACAGCGACUGAAAGCCGUGGCUGAAAGGGAGAAGGUGGCUGCUGAAACAGCCAUUGCUGCUUCCGUGGCCGAGUAUAAUGAUCUAAGUCAGGUGGAUCCUUUCACUGUAAGCCACUGUGGUAGAGAAGGAACUAUAUGGGGACCCAAUCCGGUGAAGGCUGGUCGACCAUCCGCUUCAUCAAACAAUGUCUGCUAUUGACAUCGGUAGAUGCAAUUAGUGCAUUAAAAUAAUCAAAUAAAAGAAAAUACCCUAUUGCUGGAGACAGU